AUGGAGAAAGACAUCCGAAUCCCGGCCAUUUGCCCAUCGCGGUUGUGUCCAGAUGAGAAGGUGGAGGACCACACCUCUGCCAACCUGACGGUCCUCUUCGCGUUCCACUGCCCGGAAGAAGGGCUCAAGAAGUUACAUCAGGACCUGAUGGAGAUCUCGGAUCCCCGGCACGAGCGUUACGGCAAGUGGCUUAGCAAGCAGGAGGCAGACAGCCUGUGCGACCCGGACAAGACCGUCGUGGAGUCAUGGCUCCGCGACCACAACUUGACACCGGAGGAGUCGUGGCCCCGACACCUUCGAGUCAAACUCUCGUCAGCCCAGGCCGAGAAGCUCUUCAAGACGAGCAUCCACCGAUACAGACGAGGCAGCCGGACGGUGGUGCAGGCCGAAGACUACUUCCUCCCCCGCAAGGUGAACGAGGUCAUCUCGGCCGUCUAUGGCUUGAACGACUUGCCCCUUCGGGACACAGCUUCCCCUCCUGCACCGCCCACUUGUCAAGUUCAGGAUGCACUGCCUUUGGUGCAGUGGAUGAUGCAGCUUCUGCAGAAUUUUCCAGUCGAAGUGCAGCAGACCCUCUGUUCCUGUGUCAAGGAAGUUCUUUCGCUGUGGGAACAGCUGAGCCCGGGCGACCGGAUCGCGGUGUCGAAUCUUGCGGAUGCAUGGAAGCAGCUACAGUGGCUGAGGUCUCACUUUUCGGUUCCAGAGAGUGGUCAGCUUGAUUACUGCAUAAAGCAGUUUGCUGCUCUCGCGGUGGCUCUGAAGAAUGGGCUUGACGUCCAAACGCAAUGGGUCGACAACCAAGUGAUCGGUGGCAUUCCAAACCAACCGGCGCCCUUUACGGGCAUGAAUGUCCCGAAGCCGAGGUUCCUGGCCGGCCCGGACGUCAUCAAGCAGAUGUAUCAGGUGCCUACAGGAAACGCACCGGUGCAUGGAACGAACGCCACACAGUCCGUUUUUGUCCAGAGCGACAAUGUCACACACAAGUACUCGAUUCCGCUGACCCACUGGUACCAAAACUUCUAUGGCCAACAAGCCACAGCGGUCAGUGUCUACGGGGUUAGUUUUGAUAAUACAACAUCGCCGAACCUGGCUUCCAACGAGCCAAACCUCGACCUCCAAAUGAUGGUCGGAGUUGGGCCAAACAUCCCAACCUAUGCGCACGGAGUCCUUCAAUCUCCAGGGCAGCCACCGCCCCUCAAAACGUACUUCUCCGAUCUGCUCAAAAUGGAAGACCCACCACUAGUGAACUCAGUGAGUUAUGGCUUGAGUCCACUUCAGCGCUCAGUUGAUCACGUGCAGAUCACGGACUCAGAAACGGACUUGGCGUGCCUUGCAGCGAGAGGCAUUACCGUGGUUGCGGCCUCGGGUGAUUCUGGUGCAGGAUAUGGUUGGUUGCCGGCGCAAGGGAACGACAGUUUCCAUGCAAACAGCAACAUCACAGGCGAGUAUUUCUUCAGUAUUCCUCUUAAAGACAAGGAAACAUGCAAUUGGUAUUGUACCCUCACUCGGUACGAGAAUAUGUGGAAAAUGCCAACCAAUGUCUGUGGAGCCUGGUUGUUCGAGGAGACUACUGGGACGUGCACCAUGUUCAGCUUGGGCAUGCCGUUUGAGCGGACAACAGGUGACGGAGUUAUCGGAGGCCCAGAGAUUGUCGAUGGACCGAUGGUGCCAAUGUGGCCAGCUUCGAGUCCAUACGUGACUUCCGUGGGCUCUACGGCACCAUGGCGUAAUGGUGAGUUUCUGAACCAGUGGAAGCCAGAAAGGGCAACGAACUGGUUUGGCAGUGGCGGAGGCUUCAUGUGUCCGCCCUCCGGGGACCCCGGGUCAGAAAUAGCUUUCAGUCAUGCCAUAAAGGACCAGCGGGCAGCGGUGGAGAACUACCAGAACGGCUCCAGGGAUGUCAAGCCAUCUCCCAGCGACAAAUGCCAACACGGACGGGGUUUUCCGGAUGUGGCCGCGUUGGGCCAGAACGUUGCCGUGGCUUCCCGAAAAGAUGGGAAGUUCCGCUGCUGCGAUGCCAUGCAGGGCACGUCGGCCUCAGCUCCCAUCUUUGCCGCGAUCAUCUCGCACCUCAACGUGGAGCGCUUGGCCCGAGGGAUGCCGCCCAUGGGCUUCAUCAACCCAUGGUUGUACCAGAACUCCGAUGUCUUCGAUGAUGUGACAGAGGGUGCGAACAACAUCGGUCACACCUUCGGCUACGGUCCAAAGGAGAAGUAUGGCUACAGCACGGCCCAGGGCUGGGACCCCGUGACCGGCCUGGGCACGCCAAACUACCCGAAGUUCAGCAUCCGUCGCAGCCCUGCCGUAGCUGCCAUGUGGUCAUUGCUUGUGCUUUGCAGUUUGACCCGAGCGUACGGCCAGUGCCAGGAGACCUCCCAAUGCGGCCUGGACAAUCAGGCCUUCCUUCAGCUCCGCGAAAGCCCGGGCUCGGCCUCGACGGAGAAAGACAUCCGAAUCCCGGCCAUUUGCCCAUCGCGGUUGUGUCCAGAUGAGAAGGUGGAGGACCACACCUCUGCCAACCUGACGGUCCUCUUCGCGUUCCACUGCCCGGAAGAAGGGCCCAAGAAGUUACAUCAGGACCUGAUGGAAAUCUCGGAUCCCCAGCACGAGCGCUACGGCAAGUGGCUUAGCAAGCAGGAGGCAGACAGCCUGUGCGACCCGGACAAGACCGUCGUGGAGUCAUGGCUCCGCGACCACAACUUGACACCGGAGGAGUCGUGGCCCCGACACCUUCGGGUCAAACUCUCGUCAGCCCAGGCCGAGAAGCUCUUCAAGACGAGCAUCCACCGUUACAAGCGGGGCGACCGGACAGUGGUGCAGGCCGAAGACUACUUCCUCCCCCACAAGGUGAACGAAGUCAUCUCCGCCAUCUAUGGCUUGAGCGACUUGCCACUGCGCGAGGCAUCUUCGCCUCCUCCAGCUCCACCAGCUCCUCCGGCUCGUCCAGCUCAAGCUUCGGAGUCCCCGGAUAUCGUGCAGCAGCUACAGGAGCUUUUCGCCGUCUUUCCGAUUCCGGAACGCAUUCAAAAUGCAACUGCUGGCUGUUUGAAGUUCAUUUCGGGGCUGCUUACUACUCUCAAGGGAGAUGUCAAGAAUGGGGUAGCCGUCCAACAGCAGUGGGUCGACGGCAGAGUUCUCGGUGGCAUACCAAACCAGCCAACGUUCGACCAGGCUUUCCUAGCCGGCCCCGAUGUCGUCAAGCAGAUGUAUCAGGUACCCAAAAGCACCGCACCGGUGCAUGGAACCGAAGCCAACCAGUCAGUUUUGGUUAUCAGCAAGGAUACUGGUAUCGGCACCAACAUGUACUCGACUCUGCUGGCCCAGUGGUACCAAGAUUUCUAUGGCCAGCAAGCCACAAAUGUCCAGGUCCUUGGGAAAAGUUUUGAUGAUAUGGAGUCGCCGGACAUGGAUGUCACGGAGGCGAACGUCGACAUUCAGUUGAUGGUCGGAGUUGGGCCAAACAUCCCGACCUACGCGUACGGAGUCCUAGACUCAGGCGGCGCACUUGCAUUCAAAGAGUACUUCUCUAAGCUUGCCCACAUGGAAAACUCACCACUGGUGAUUUCAGUGAGUCAUGCAUUACAACCAAUUCCAUUUGAUGAAAAAAAUAAAGGGUACCAGCAAAUCUUGAACAUGGAGACGGACCUGGCGCUUGUUGCAGCGAGAGGUCGCACGGUGGUUGUAGCCUCAGGUGACGACGGCGCAGGGUAUGGUUAUUUGCCUGCGGAAGGGCCGGACAGUUUCUAUGCAAACAGCAACAUCACAGGCGAGUACUUUUUCACAGUUCCUGCUGAUUCCGUAGAAGAUUGCAAAGUUGUCUGUGGCUUAACCCACCGAAACACGCCCCGUUACAAUGUCUGUGGAGCUUGGUUGUUCGAGGAAGCAGCUGGGACUUGCACCAUGUUCAACAUGGGCAUGCCCUAUGAGAAGACAAAGGGUAGCGGAUUUGUUGGAGGCCCAGAGAUUGUCGCUGGACCGAUGGGACCAACCUGGCCACCUAUGAGUCCAUGGGUGACUUCCGUGGGCUCUACGGCACCGUGGCGUAAUGGCGAGUUUCUGAACCAAUGGAUGCCAGAAAGGGCAACCAACCACUUUGGCAGUGGAGGGGGCUUCAUGUGUCCGUACCCCACGGAGAAAGGGUUAGAAAUAUUCAAAAAAGCCACAAUGGACCAGCGGGCAGCGGUGGAGAACUACCAGAAAGGUUCCAAUCAUGUCAAGCCAUCCCCCAGCGACAAAUGCCAGAAAGGAAGGGGUUUUCCGGAUGUGGCCUCAUUGGGCACGAACCUUGCUGCGGCUACCCGAAAAGCUGGCAAGUUCCGCUGCUGUAACCCCGUAUCGGGCACGUCAGCCUCAGCUCCCAUCUUUGCUGCGAUCAUUUCGCACCUCAACGUGGAGCGCUUGGCCCGAGGGAUGCCGCCCAUGGGCUUCAUCAACCAAUGGUUGUACCAGAACUCCGAUGUGUUCAAUGACGUGACAGAGGGUGCGAACAACAUCGGUAGAGUCUUCACCUAUGGUGCGCAGGAGAAGUAUGGCUACAGCGCGGCCCAGGGCUGGGACCCCGUGACCGGCCUGGGCACGCCAAACUACCCGAAGAUGCUACAACGUGCGAUCGGCUCGACCCCGAAGCCAACUGUGGUCACGACCACCACCGCUCCACCACCGCCCGAUCAUAAGAGGAGCUGCUCGCAGACUCGCCGUGUAGCGCAUGGCAUUUCUCUCACUGCGGCUUGA